AUCGCUUCUCGGCCUUUUGGCUAAGAUCAAGUGUAGUAUCUGUUCUUAUCAGUUUAAUAUCUGAUACGUCCUCGAUGAGAGGACUUUAUAUUAAACGGAUUUUUGGGCGCGGGAGUUGGACCCGGAGCUUGCUCCCUCCGCUCCGCGCAUCGUCCCGGUAUGGCAGUACCUCCGGGCACGGUGCACCUCCCCCGGGAGGAAUGUGGCGUGGUGAAAGGAGAGAAGGAAGGCGGGGCGGUGGGGUUGGGCGCGCGGGAGGAGGGUGGCGCUGUGUCCCGCGGGGGGGCGCAGUCGGCUUCGCGGCGCGGCGCGGCGCGGCGCUGCGUUCGGUUGCGCUGAGCGCCGUCAGCGGAGCGCGGCCCUGCGCUGUGCGCGCCGCUCGGACCGCGGGGGAGGGGGCGUUGGCGGCGGCCGCAGCCGCUGAUGGCGCCUCCCUCCGUCUCCCUGCCGGCCGCUCCUGUUCGAACGCAGCCCCGAGCGCAGGCGCACGCUGCCGCCUCGCGUCCAGCUUCUCGUCCACCAGGACCCCCCAGCUCCUUCUCCGCAGGGCUGCUCUCGAGGACAUCUUCCCCCGGUCGGCGUCAGUGCCUGGGAUCGCCCCGACCCAAACGCGGCACCCUGCGCUCGGCCUUCACGAACCUCAUUGCGCUCACACGGGCCCCCGUCUCCAGCCUGUCCAGGUCCCUCUGGGUGAGAGGAAUCGACUCCUCUCACUCCCACCUGCAGGCUCAGGGUCCCGGCGCGCACGGCAAGCCCGACCGUCGGUGAAGACUGAGGCAAAGCACUCACUGAGCACCUCAGCUUUUCCCACGUCUGAGGAAGCCAGCUCCCCGCUGCCUUCCAUCAGAGGGGGAACGCUCUCCCUCGGCCCGUCUCCUCCCGCCUACGUCCCUGUACGUAGAACCCCUUCUGGUUGCCUUUCACAUCCCGCGCCACGUUCAGCUCCGUCUGUGCCCUGGCUUUCCCGAUCCUAUCUCUACGCACGCGGACAACAGCCCUGUGUUCCUCCCAGGCUACACAACCCUGCUUCCGCUCCCGGUACGUUUCCCUCUGUUCCCUCAGCUUCAGCUGCAGGUCCUUGCUCAGCCAUGCCGCCCGCCCGCCUCCUCUGCUCAGCUUCUUCUGCUGGGGGACGGAGAGCUCUUGUGCUCGCAGAAGGGUCACACAGAGUGGCCCGGGUUGGAAGGGACCUCAAGGAUCGUGAAGCUCCAACCCCCCCACCGCAGGCAGAGGCCGCCAGCCUCCACAUUUCAUACCAGCCCAGGCUGCCCGGGGCCCCAUCCAACCUGGCCUUGACCACCUCCAGGGGUGGACGGGGCACCCACAGCCUCCCUGGGCACCUGUUCCAGCACCUCUCCACUCUCACAGUAAAGAACUUCCCCGAUAUCCAACUUCAGUCUUCCCUCCUUCGACUUCAAACCGUUUCCUCUUGUCCUCCUGCUGCUACCCACCCUCGGAAAGAGUUGCCUCCCCUCCUGCUUGUAGGCUCCCCUUCGGUCCUGGAAGGCUGCAAUGAGGUCACCCCGCAGCCUUCUCUUCUCCAGGCUGUGCAAGCCCAGCUCCCUCGGCCUGCCUUUGUAGGGGAGGUGCUCCAGCCCUCUGCCCAUCUCCGUGGCCCUCCUCUGCCCUUAAAGAGCUGCCAGCUCUGUGCUGCUCCUAUGCCCUUAAGGACAGUUUCCCCGGGGAUCCCACCCAGCAGUUCCUCGAGCAGACAGAAUUUCGCCCUCCUGAAGUUCAGGGUCCUGGCUCUGCUUUUUGCCAGGCCUGCAUCCCUCCGGAUCGCAAACUCCUCCGAGGCACGGUCACUGCAGCCCAGGCCGCCUCCAAUCUUAACCUCUCUAACGCUCUCCUCUUCCUUGGCGAGCACCAGGCCCAGAGAGGCUUCGCCUCGGGUCGGCCCGUCUGUUACCUGGACCAUUUGAACUCAGCCUGGCUGCUGGGGUCAAAGGGAACAAGAAACCCCUUUACAAGCAUAUCAGCAGUAAGAGGAGGGCCUGGGAGAAUCUCCAUUCUUUACUGGAUGAGGCUGGGAAUGUCACCACCGAGGACAAGGAAAAGGCAGACGUUCUGAACGCCUUCUUUACAUGUGUCUUUAAAAGUCAGACCAGUUAACCUCAGGCUUCUCCACUCCCUGACCUGGCAGCCUUGGCUGGGGAGCUGACUAAACCCUCCACGACUCAGGAGGACACGGUCAGAGACCUGCUGCUCCAACUGGACCGCCCCAAGUCCAUGGGGCCGGAUGAGAUUCACCCGAGAGUGCUGAGGGAACUGGCGGAGGCGAUAGCCGAGCCGCUUUCCGUCGUCUAUCAGCGCUCCUUGUUGACGGGUGAGGUCCCGGAAGACUGGAGGCUUGCCGGUGUGACUCCCAUCUACCAGAAGGGCUGCAGGGAGGAUCCGGGGAACUGCAGGCCUGUUAGCCUGACCUGGGUGCCGGGGAAGAUUAUGGAGCAGAUGGUCUUGAGGGAGAUCACGCGGCACGUGCGGGACAGCCGGGGGAUCAGGCCUAGCCAGCACGGG